AUGCCAACAAAACAAAGUAUCCCACAGUGGACCUCACGUAUUAUUUCAUUUGACAAAAUUGUAUGUUUAUUGACCAUGUGGAUUGAUUGCAUGAAACGAGUGUGGAAUGAGUUCGCCAUUUUAUUGUUCGUUUAUUGCGCGUUAUUUUCUACUGUUCUGUCAAUAUUUACUAUUCAAUUCGUAUACGCCACUCUGACGUCAUUGUAUUUGGCUCUGGAUUGCGUUACGUUGGAGCGGUGA